UGGGACAAACGCAGACUGAGAAACUCCGAAAAAGUAACUCGGCCGAGCCGAAGAAGUUCGGCUUUUCGGGUACGAAGGAGGGGCAGGCUGCCGGCCGGUUUCUCAGCAACAUGCAAUGUUGACCGUUCCUGGUUCAAUGGCUGGUUCAUUGGGCACCAGAACUUCCAGACUGAGCAUGACCUUUUCCCCACCAUGCCUCGACACAAUUACUACCAGGUGGCUUUUCUGAUCAAAUAUCAGUGUGCCAAGCUCAAUGUUCAGCAUGAGUUCAAGCCCAUCCUCACAGCUUUUGCAAAUGCAGUAAGUUCAACCAUCUGAAGGAGCCUGGGCAUCACUGGCAGGGGAGAGGGAAAGGGUGAAAGUUAGGUAAAUAAAAUUAAGAGGAUAACUGGUGGCAAAAAGA